AUGUCAACGUGGUUUCCAUGCACUUGGGACCUGGGGUCGGCAUCCGGCUCAUGUUUGGCGGGUCGGCUGCGGUAGCUCUCGGGGACGUAAAUACAAGGUGUCCCCCCCAGUCCGUUCGGUCGGGACCGAGUGACGGGCUGUCAAGUCUCCGCCUUCGUCUCUUCCCCAGCUUCUUCACCCAGGGUCUCGAGCCAGGCUGCGAGGGCCCAUUGCGAAUGGUGACCUGACAUGUCGUCCUUCCGAAACGCAUGCGCCAUUCUUGGCCUGUGUCUUCUCACCUUGGCCAAUGGCGCCUCCGCCGGUACUACCGACGUCUCGAUCCCGCUCGACGAAGGCUACGCAGCCCUCCCAGACUGCGCACGGAACUGUUUUACUACAGCGAUAAGCCAGUCUGCCUGCCCCUCGGUGGACGCCGCUUGCCUCUGCGGCGAUGUCCAGUUUGACAAAGCGGUCACGGGGUGCAUUCAAUCAUCCUGCACCAUCAGAGAGUCUCUCACUGCCAAGAACAUCACCUCGCUCAUGUGCGGGAACUCACCCGAGAAGGACGGAAGCCUUAUCCCGAUAUACUCUGUCUUCAUCGGCCUGGCCGUCGUCGCCGUGAUCCUGCGCCUGGUUUCCCGGGUCCUCACGCAGGCCUACUUUUGGUGGGAUGACUUUGCCAACCUCUUUGGCUUCAUUGGCGCUGCGCUGGUCACUGCUAUGAAUCUUAAAGCCGUCGACCUUGGGCAAGCCUUGGAUAUCUGGUUCGUCCCGCACAACAACGUCACGCUCAUUAUCAAGAUGUUUUUCGUCGAGAUGGUUUUCUACACCAUCACCCGAUUCUUCUUACGCGCCUCCAUCAUCCUCUUUUACAUGCGCAUCUUCCCGCCCAGCUCGGACAGCAAGCUCGGCCGUGUGCUGCAGUACACCAUGAUAUUCAACGUCGUUUAUUACCUCAGCUUCCUCUUUGCCGUCAUAUUCCAGUGCACACCCAUCUCGAACUUUUGGAACCAGUGGGAGGGCGUCCACCAGGGCAGCUGUGGCAACGGCAACAUACUCGCUUGGGUGGCAGCCGCGACGGGCAUCGCGUUCGACCUGUGGCUGCUGGCACUGCCAUUCCCGCAGUUGCUGGCGCUGAACUUGCACUGGAAGAAAAAGGUGAUGGGGGCAAUGAUGUUUUUCGUCGGUGCUGCCGUCAUGAUCAUCAGCCUCGUCCGGCUCAAAACCAUCGACGAGUUCACACGCACCGGCAACCCAACCAAGGACAUAGUCCAAGUAUGCCUCUGGUCCAGCAUCGAGCUCGACGUCGGCGUCAUCUGCCCCUGCCUGCCCUCCUUCCGCCUGCUGCUGCGCCGCAUGCUCCCCCAUGUCGUCGGCACCUCGUCGCGCUACGAGCUCGAGCCCGUGACCAACCUCACCAGUACGGGAGCGGGGGCGUCUAGUAUGCGGAGCGGGGUGAGGAAGAGUUUGGGGGGACCGGCUGGGGGGACGGGUGGUGGUGGUGCUGGUGGUGGAGGUGGUGGUGGGAAGAUUGUGGUGGAGAAUACGAUUGCGAUUCAGUAUGGGGAGGUGGGGGAUGAUGGCGGGAGUUGUGCGAGCGUGAGGGGGUUGGUGGAGGGGAGGGUGUCGUCGGUUGGGGAUGAGGAGAGUGGGCGGAAGAGUAUGGGGAGGAGAGGGGGGUAGGCUAUCUAGGGUUAGGAAUUUGCACUUUGCUGUUUUAUGAGGAAUGGAGUUGUAGCAGUGGGUGCGUUGUGGUUGUUGUUGUCCGGCGCCGGUCUGGGGAAUAUGCACUUUGCCCAGGGCCCUUUUGGAGGUCUCCGUCCGCAUCUGGCCCUUCCUCCCUUUGGGCUCCCGCUUCUAA